CUUCUGCUUCUUCAUUUUCAACACUGUUCUACUCUAUCUUCUCUCAACAGAAACAAAAAGAAGAAAAGAAUUUAUCUUUUUUGCCUUUCACUUUUGAUAAUAAUGUUGCAAGAUAUGUGGAAUGCUCCCCCAGGAUUCAGACCAACAAAGUCUGCACCUUCGUCACCGGCGAAGCCUCUCGGGGUUCCAAGAACACGCUCCGAAUCCUUCCACGUCACUCACAAGGUUCCCGUUGGUGAUAGUCCCUAUGUUAGAGCAAAAAAUGUUCAGUUAGUGGAUAAGGAUCCAGAGAGAGCAAUUCCACUGUUUUGGGCAGCCAUUAAUGCCGGAGAUAGAGUAGAUAGUGCUUUGAAAGACAUGGCAAUUGUGAUGAAGCAGCAGAACCGGGCCGAAGAAGCCAUCGAAGCCAUUAAAUCUCUUCGAAGUAGAUGCUCUGAUCAAGCACAAGAAUCCCUUGAUAACAUCCUCUUGGAUCUUUACAAGAGAUGUGGUAGACUUGAUGAUCAAAUUGGUCUAUUGAAGCACAAGCUGUUCUUGAUUCAACAAGGUUUGGCUUUCAAUGGCAAGCGUACAAAGACUGCGAGAUCUCAAGGGAAAAAGUUUCAAGUAUCUGUGGAACAAGAAGCCACAAGGUUACUGGGGAACUUGGGAUGGGCAUUGAUGCAGCAGAACAACUAUGUAGAAGCAGAAGAGGCCUAUCGGCGUGCGCUAUCAAUUGCUCCAGACAACAACAAGAUGUGCAAUCUAGGCAUCUGUCUGAUGAAGCAAGGGAGGAUAAGCGAGGCGAAAGAGACCCUCUUUAGAGUGAAACCGGCUGUCCCGGACGGCCCAAGAGGCUCAGAUUCCCAUCUCAAGGCCUAUGAAAGGGCACAGCAAAUGCUCAAAGACCUCGAAUCCGAGAUGAUGAGCAAAGGAAAUGGUGAUAGGAUUGAACAGAAGAGACUCUUUGAGGCUUUCUUGGGUUCGUCAUCAAUUUGGCAGCCUCAGCCUUGUAAGGAUCAUCAUACAAGCAUGAUGCCAUCAUCAAUGAUGAACAAUAAGGCAGCAGCACAGGAUGAAUUUGCCGAUGAAAACAUCAAUUCCAACAUAACAACAAUAAAUCCAGCACCACCACCAAUGCAGAAAAGUACCAAACUUGUUAGUGCCAUGUUGGGGAAUAAUUCACUCAAUGUUGCAGCCCCACCAUUUUAUGUAUCAAAAUCUUCUUUGUCUUUCAAGGAGCCUAUGCCACAGCCACCUAUUGAGAAUCCUUUCUCGGAGACCCUUAAGAGAACAAGGUCUGGAAAUGCUGCAGGAUCCAUGAGGGUGUUGAAUGAUGUGGGAGAGCUCAAUAACAACAAGUUGCAUAGGGAAAUUGAGGUUCCAGAGAACAAAACAAGAAGGAGGCUAUCAUUAGAGGACAAUAAUGAUGAGAAGAACAAGUUAACAGACUUGUUACCCAACAACAAGGACUUUGAAGAUGCUAUUCUUUCUGCAAUUCUUGGACCCCCAAAUGAGUCUCAUACAACAACAUCAAAUGACACAAAUAGCACCGGGAUUUUCCAGAACAAGAUUGACAAGAGGCUUAAGGUUUUUCAAGAUAUUACAUUAUCUUUGAGUCCUAGGGCCUGAAAAUCAACCAAUUUGAUUUAAUAAUUUAAUUACCUAAAUAACAUAGAUUUUUUUUAGGUUGGAGAUGAACUUGGUCUCCAUUUUUUAAGUAACUUCAUUUCAUGCUAGAGGAAGAUGAAGUGUAUUAUGCAUUUAUGCUACAUUUUUAUAGCAGUUCUACGAAUAGGAGUAGCUGCAUGUAGACUAUUUUUGCAUUAGUUACUUUGUCUAUUACUUAUUUGUUAUGCCUUGUAAAAUUCAGGCACAUUGACUUUGUAAUAAGCCGAUUUUGAGUUGAUACAUCUUGAAAUCAAAUUAAUUUGAUUAUUCUGUAGCUUUGCUAGUUUGUUCUAUUCACGCCAAAUAGUUGAAUGAGAAA